AUGUCAAAUGGUUUCCCUCUUAUUAAUUUAAUCUUAUCUUCAUUACUUAGAGCUCUCUUUCCCUGUGGAGAUUCCAUGGUGUGCAUUAUUGAUGAUAGAGAGGACGUAUGGAAUUACUCCCCAAACUUAAUCCAUGUGAAGCCCUACCGCUUCUUCCAAGGCACCGCAGACAUCAACGCUCCACCAGGACUGGAGAAAAAGGAACAUGAUAAAGACCCACUAACUCACAAAGUACAUGUCAUCUCCAGAUCCAACAGCAAAGAGGACAACGGUGAGAAAGGGGAAGAUAAAGAGGGGAAGGGGGGAGAAACUGAAGAGAAAGAGGGAGGAAAGGGUGGCGGAACAGAAAAUGGUGAGGCAGCUAAAACCGACUCAGAAAAAACUGAUAGGAAGUGUGAAAAAGACAUUGAGAAAAAAUCCUCUGAUAAUAACACAAAGAAAGAGAAUAAAGAUGAUGUUGAAAGUGCAAAAGAAACAAAUAAAGCUCAAGACAAUGGAAAAGAAGAGGAUUCUGUAAAAAAUAAGGAUGAAAGUAUGGAUUGUGAAAAGAAUGUUCAAUCAAAUUCAGAAGCUGCAAAAGCAGUUUCACGUGAUACAGAAAAGUCAGAUAGUGAAAAGAAUGGAAAAGUGGAGGAAAGUGAAGAAAAGAAAGAUGACAGAGAGAAGGAAGAAGAUGUGAAGACAGAGGAUGUGGAAAUUGAGUGGGAUGAUGAUGAUGACUAUUUAUUGUACUUAGAAGAAAUCCUGACCACCGUUCAUAAGGCAUUUUACGAUAUGUAUGAUCAGCUCAAAUUAAAGGGAGAGAAUGCGGAAAAACCUGAUAUGAAAAACAUCCUACCUUACGUGAAAAGAAAAGUGCUUAAAGGAAAAAAUAUUCUAUUUAGUGGUGUUUUUCCUAUGAGUGUUCCAUUAGAGAAGAGUAGGGCCUACCAUGUGGCUAAAAUGCUUGGUGCAAAUGUUCACACAGACUUCAUACCUAGAGCAAAAGAUGGUUCAAAUAAAUCGGACUACACAACUCAUGUAGUGGCAGCUAGACUUGGAACUGUUAAGGUCAAAAUGGCCCAGAAACACAAAUAUGUGAAAUUAGUGAAUCCUCAAUGGCUGUGGGCAUGUGCAGAAAGAAUGCAGCAUGUGGAUGAAAGACUUUAUCCACUUAAUGACUCCACUUCUGGAAAUGCUUACUGUGAAAGUCCUGAUCCAUCACGGCUCAAUAGAAAACGCAAAAAUGAAGAGGAAUCAGACUCAGGAAAACGGUCUAGGAGGAAUGAUGAUGGUGACAAAAUUCCUCCCCAAGAAGAAAUGGAGGCAUCAGAAAAGGUGGAAAAAGAUGAAGAGGUGGAAGACCUGAAAGUGAAAUCGGCAGCUAAAAUCACCUCUGCUCGUUUCUCCACCAGCUAUAACCCAAUGUUAGCCUUCUCAGAUGAAGAUCUAGAAUGCAUGGACAAGGAAGUGGAAGACUUAAUGGACGAGGAUGGAGAUGAAUCUGAGGAAGAUGAUAUCGACCGAAAUGAGAGGAUCCGAAUGUCUGUCCUCAGCAGUGGGGAUGACGACAACUCCAGUAGCGAGGAGAGCAUGUCGGGGGAUCUCCCCAGGGGGUGGAGCCUGAAAAAAAGGCACAGGUCCUCCAAGUCAGGGGACAGUAGCUCUGAUAAUGAGGAAACCCAGAAGCACAGAGACGAAGAGAGUGAAAAUGAAUUAGAAAAGUAUGAAAAAACAGUGGCAGCUUUUGCACCAGAUACUGAAUCUGAAACACAAGAUUCUUUUGCGGAAUCUAUUGGCUCUGUUGAUGAUGAAAUGGCAGAGGCUGUGGAAAGAGAAUUUCUGGCCAACUGAUUGUUAAAGAUUUUAGUCAGUUAUUAAUGUUUUAAUAAAUUUAUUUUCUUUGA